GGCUAGUUUAUUGGGUGGCCGCAGCUUUCGGCAGCAGCGUUCGUGGAUUCGGUUUCGGCCUCUCCUUCCUGCCGAGUCUCGCCAUGUUGGCCGCCAACAUCUACUUCAUCUUCACAGUGGAGGCAGCAGGGUCCAUCUUUAGCCUCCAUCUGCCUCCUGAGGAGGUGUUGCCUCCACCCGCUGGCAGACAAAGGUUCUGGGGAUGAUAACUGAUCAAUAAUCAAUAACCUGAAAUAUUUUUGGAGAUUUUAUUUUUUAUGAACUGAAACUUUCAAACAGAAUAUAAACAGAAUAAAAGUUAAAAAAAAAAACUUUUUCUGUUAAAACAUAAAACAGAUUAUAACUCCUCGCAAAUUGUCUAUAACCCCGCCCACUCUCUCUGAUGGUUUUUAUUAAAUCUUAAACUACUUCCUGUUUCAUUUGUGGGGACUUCCUGUUUUUGUUGGUUCAUUGUUUGUUCUUUUAUGAUCAUUAAAUGUUGGAUUUUGUUAAAAAAAACUUUGGUUUGUUUUUAUACUUUAUACCAAGUAUCAUA